UUGUAUUUGUCGAUUAACCGCUUUACCCUGAUUUUGACAGCGUAGAUACAGUUAUAAUGAUCAUAAACCAUCUAUUUCAAGUUAGCUUAACUAAUUUGAUCUGAUCUUAUUGUAAUUUUGCCCUUAAUAUGUAAAUGCGUGUGUAUAUUGAUGUAUGUGUUGGUUAAUUAACGAGUUAGGUGUUAGAUCACUAGUUUCUAGGUAAUUUCAGUAUAUUUAAAUGUUAAUGUUAAUUAAAUAAAUAAUAAAAUGGUAUUGCUCUGUUUACUCUUUUUGUCUUGUAGGUGACAGUUGUCUGUGUACAGAAUUAAAAGGAGAACAGUAGUCAUGUCUUUUAGAGAUCUGAGGAAUUUUACAGAGAUGAUGCGAGCACUCGGUUACCCUCGCCUCAUCUCCAUGGAGAACUUCCGAUCUCCAAACUUCCCUUUAGUUGCUGAAAUACUCAUCUGGCUUGUCAAGAGAUAUGAACCACAGAUGGAAAUUCCUAGUGAUGUGGACACAGAGUCAGACAGAGUGUUUUUCAUCAAAGCUGUGGCUCAAUUCAUGGCGACAAAGGCUCAUGUGAAGUUGAAUCUCAAGCGUUUAUAUCAGGCAGAUGGUUACGCUGUGAAAGAGAUGCUGAAAAUCACCAGCAUCCUCUACAACGCCAUGAGGACCAAAGAGAACACCACUGGUGACCAGAACCACGAUGAAAACAGCAAAUUCAAGUUUGACCUGGGCUCAAAGAUAGCAGAUUUAAAGGUGGCACGUCAGCUGGGAUCUGAGAUUACAGCGAAGGGAGCAGCUCUGUAUGACCUGCUUGGGCAUGAAGAGGACCUGAGAGAGAACAGGACGGCAGCAAUUGCCCGACCACUGGAGAUCACUGAGACAGAGAGAGCUCUCAGAGCGGCAGUGAAAGACGUUACGGAGAGCAUCCAGAUGACCAAGGAUCUGCUCAAUAACGUGUCGUCUGAUGAGGCGAGUCUGGAAGCCAAAAUCGAGAAGAAGAAACAGGAUCUGGAGAGAAACCAGAAACGUUUACAAACACUACAGAGCGUACGUCCAGCGUUUAUGGAUGAAUAUGAGAAGAUCGAAGAGGACUUGCAAAAGCAGUACCAGACAUAUGUGGAUAAAUUUCGAAACCUGAGCUUCCUGGAGCAACAGCUGGAGGACUAUCACAGAGCAGAGCAGGAACGGUUUGAGGAAGCAGAAAUUACAAUGAAAAUGAUACAAAACAAAUUAAAAGAGGAAGAAAAGAGACUCAUGAGGAGUGGAGUAGUGAGGGAUGAAGACUCCGAUGUGGACAUCCCAGAGGAUGAAGGAUCUGACAGUGACAUAGAUGACGGACAGCUCAGACCACACCCCACACGCCACACCCAGAUGUCAGGACGAGGUGGAGCUCAAUUCAUUGGCAGUAUGAGAGGAGGAGACAGUGACGAGCCCAGAGUAAAGGAACGAAUCCGCCUAUCCGGCAGCGGCCGGAAACAAAAGAAAGAAAAGGUUUUGCACUCGGACAGUGAGAUCGAUGUUGACGAUGAUGAUGAAGAUGGUGAUGAAGAUGAAGAGGAGGAAAACGAGGAUCUGGAUGAAGAUAAUGACAGUCUCGAGGGCUCGUCUGCCAAACCCGGACGAUCAAACCGAUCAUUGAACCCGCAAAUCCUCGAGGAGAGCGAUAAUGAUUUUUAACACACAUGCACACAACUGACAUGCAAUUAAUUAUUAUAUAAUGGCUUACAUGCAUGAAUCAUAACUACAACAACACUCUUUUUAGUGUGCAAUGCACUCCACAUCAAUGUAAAUAUUAUAACGUAUUUACUAAUAUAUGUAAAUAUAUCUUCUUAUUUGACUUCAGGUGAGCCUGCCUGUUCAAUUAGCCUUAAAAUUCUCAAUAAAUCUGAUCAAUUUGAUUGUAAGUCUUGAAUUAAAAUAGAUGUAAUUGUCUUUUAUUAAUAUAAAAUCUCUGUCAGUACUGUAAAAAUCAAAUAGACAUUAUUACAUG